AUGCGCAGUCUUACUAUCGCUGCCCUUGCUGGGCUCAGCAGCGUUGUCUCAUCUCAGGCCAUUGAUCUAGCCUACGUAAAUGCACAGCCUGAUCCUACCUACACGAUCAUCCCCGAUCAACGGGCUCAGACAGUCAUAUACAACCAGGACUCGGCUCUUGCCUCCGUAGUCGCAGUUGCUCUUCAGACCCCCGUUCCUGACCCAGGCGAAGGCGCUCUUCACAGUCGCAAUGUUUUCGGCAAGCGUGCUGGACCUUGCGAGAAUCUCCAGAACAACGCCAACACCUACAACGCAAAACUCGACCCCGCGGAAGCUUUCUUGGCGGACGAAAGCCUCCAAAAGCAGGCCAAGGAUGCCAAAGUACCCGCCGGCUACACGCAGGUCUACUCCAACCUGCAAAAGGCCGCUUCUGCCAACGGCUACAUGGGCUACACUAUCAUGCCAAGCUACGAUGUCCAGUCGUGUGCAGACAAGUGCUCCAAAGCUCUCGGUUGCCAGGGUUUUAACACAUACUUCGAGCGCAGCCCCAGCAAAGCACCGGCGGCCAGUUGUCAGGAUCCUGCGGGUAGCGCCAACCCGUUCUGUGUGCUCUGGGGUGGUCCGGUAUCAAAGGAAAAUGCUCUCAACGAGGGUCAGUGGCGCGAGAAGUACCAUGUUGUGAUCACAGCAUCAAACGGCUAUGUUCUUACGUCCUCGGUCGACCCCCAGUCUGGCAAGGCCAUCAACGCGCCCCUGGACUGUAACAAGAACGACGCUUACAUGGGUAUGCGCCUCCUGACCGAUAAUGCACCUUUCGAUCCACAAAGGUGCGCCGCCAUCUGCGAAGCCACAACCCAGUACAACAUCGACCACCCUGAGGCCGGCAAGGCUCCCCGUCUAUGCAAGUUCUACAACACCUACAUCUUGAACAAGAACUAUAUCUCGCAGGGUCAAGCAUGUUCCAUGUACACCCAAUACUGGGACCCCAACACUUACGCCACGAACGACGGUCAAUGGGACGGACAAGGCAAUCACUACACCAUCUCUUCGAGCACAUUCUUCUCGAACAAGACCGACAUCGUGACACCUGUUUGCCCGGCUGACAUCGACAAGCUCAAGACGAGUUUGGACGUGACGUCCUUCUGCGCUUUGUAUAUUUCUUAUGUUGCACCUACCACAGCCACUGCCACGGCGGGCGGUGGUGCAACCAUCAUCGAUGCUUGUGGUCAACCUACCGGACGCAUCAGCAAGCGUGACGAUAGCGAUCCCGCAUUGAUCGAAGCUGUCGUCGGUGUCUUUCCCAGCAAGGUCGACAAUAUUGCUGUCACCGGCACUGAGCCUGCCCUUGCCACCGUUCCCGCUCAAGCUGCCACUGAUUCCGAGGCUCUUGCAUCAGCCACCUCGGCUGCCAUUGCACAACUAGUAGACACUGCAGCUGCCACUAUAUUCUCCGCCACACCAGCACCCGCAAGCACACAGGGAGAUGCGUCUUCCACUCCCACUGCUACCGACGCAUCGAGCACUCAAAGAGUACCUGUGGCCGCUACCACCAAUGCUGCAACCUCGUCGGCACCUGCUCAGAAGCGUGCGGCGUCCACACCUGAUGCGCUUGCGGGCCGCAACCCGAUCGAAAUCUCCAGCGCCUGCUCACAGAUUGUCGGGAGCAGCACCCCUACCGUGACGGUCACCGCUGCUGCAUCCACUGCCACAUCGUACAGAAAGUGUAAUAAUUUCCCUGCUAAGUGUCCGGCCAGCUCGCCUGCCAAGGCUUUUGCUGGGGACCUUGAUAGUGCCCCUGUCAGCAUCGAUGAUAACGUGUACACCCUUGUGCUGCCAUUCCAGGUUUGCAUCUACGAUACGUGUAGCACAAAGGUCAACCCCACUUCCAACGGUAUCAUCUCACUGGCUGAGUACCGCAACAUCGGCUACGUGAAUGACAAGGGUCUUCCUAACUUCGGAGGCAAGGCUGUAUUGGCCGCUCUUUGGCAAGAUAUGUACAUCUACCAGGAUGAGUCUCAGUACAUGUCUUUCACCACAUGCGGUGACGUGGGCAAGCGCACAGUCACCUUUGACUGGCGGAUCAGCGCAUUCCAGGACGUUCCUCAAUUCUACAGAUUCUCUGCAACCUUCUACGAGGACAAGCCUGGGCGAAUUUUGCUCCGGUACUUUGAGCUCAGCGACAGGGGCGUAGGAGCGACGAUCGGCAUCGAGGGCACAAGGAAGGGAAAGACUGCCUCGGCGACAUACUCGCAGAAGAAGCCCGUUUCGAACGGUCUUGCUAUCGUUUGGGACCCUGCAUCGCUUUCUUGGAGCACUACCACUUAG